CGUUGGCAUCCAUUCGAUCCCCCCCCUGCUAUGUAUGGAGUGGAGGUGGUUGGGGGCCAAGCAAGCAAUUGGCAUGCACAGUUGAAGGGCGCCCACUCCAUGAGCGUGACCAUAAGCUCCUCCUCCUCUUCCUCUUGCUGCCUCUAGAUAGCAAAGCCCCUGCUCCCCGUCCAAAGAACGAGCUUGGUUACUUAAUUAAUGGUUGGCCGGGCGACAUGGACGAGCUAAUCCUCCUCUUCCUGCUCAAAAUGGAAGCCUUCCACAUACACCCCCGGAUUUCUUUCCUUCCUUCCUUCCUGUACUAGCUAGAUUGCUCCUGAAUCUCCUAGCACCAUACUUGAUCAAGCAGGGUGUAGGUUGUUGGUAGAUUGCUGGUGGUAGAUAGAUAGGUAUACGUUUUCUGGGCAGGUGCUGUGUUGUUGUCGUAGUCGUUUGGCGCGUGUGUGCACGUAAUUACGUUUGGUGGUGGAUGGGCCUGAUGGCCGGGAUGCUACCGGGCGUCGAGAGCGCGAGGAGGCGACGGCUCCGGCCGGCGGCCGGGUCGUCGGCGGAGGCGCCGUGCGGCGGGACGCGGCGGCCGUCGUCGUUAUGCUUCUACGCCGCCAGCAACGGGCAUGAACACCACGCUCACCUCGGCUCAGCAGGCUUUCCUAAGCAGAGGAACGAGGAGGCGUGGACGACGACGCUGGACAGCAACGCCCGGGAGGCCAAGGAGAGGCUGGAUCAGAAGCUCAGGAGCCAGAGGGAAUCUGUGGUCAAGAGGCGCCACAGCACGGGAAGCCUACGGCUCCCUGCCGCGAGCACCAGCAGCGACCACCGCCCGGCGAGGGAGCCGCCGGCGGCGGCGGCGGCUAGCGCGCUCCAGCGGGAGGUGUUCUCGAAGAAAGGAGACGGCCGGCGGUUCCUCUGGGCCCGGCGGCGGCAUCAGCAGCAGGAGGAGGAAGAGUGCGCGGUGUGCCUGGAGGAUUUCCGCGCGGGAGACCUUCUGGCGCGCCUCCCCUGCGCGCACCGCUUCCACUGGCCCUGCGCCGUGCGGUGGGUCCGCGCCGCCUCCCGCUGCCCCGUCUGCCGCGCCGCCGUCCGCCUCGCCGCCGACCCCUCUCCCAGCUGACCCGCCGGAGCUAGGCAGGCACUCAUGGCCGGCGGGCCCCCUGAGGCUGCGGCAGACACGCGCCCACAACACGCAUCAUGGAGUGGCAACGCCAGCGCCGGCCCGCGAACGCGCUGUGGAUGCCAUGUUGUGGCCGGCAAGUUGCGGUGCGCAGGAGCAGGACGUGGAACCGGGGCGUUGCUGCUGCUGAUGCCGCGUACGCCGCGCUGGUGGCCGCUGUCACUCGCGCAUGGAGCGUGUGAAUGAUGACAUGAUGUUUUAUGUGGUUGUGACUUGUGCGCUGAGAGACAUGUCCGGGAUCUGCGGUGGUGGAGUCGCAGUUGGAGUCAGAGUCGGAGUCGGAGUCCUCGUGCAUGGCGUCGACGGCGGCCUUGUACUCCCUCACGGCCGCCCUCUCCUGCUCCUCGACAGCGUGCAUACGCUCCGAGUUGAGGAGCGCGGUCUGGUACUCCCACUCCUCCCGCGCCUCCGCCGCCUCAACUUCCGCUUGGGAAGCCUGCCUCGCAGCGACCAUUUGCCGUCGGUCGGCUGCACGAGCACAUUGCUCGCAAGUGUCUAGGAGCUCUAACACUUGGAGGACGUGCUGGAGCUCGACGUCGUUCUCGUCAUCGUCGCUGCGGCGACGCCGGCGAGGCGAGGAAGACGGCGGCGCGCGCCCACGGCGCGAUGAGGACUGGAUGUCGUCCUCGUGCCGGGGCCGCUUUGGAGGCGGCGAGCAGCGCCGAAGUCUGGCCGAGCUCAUUGCAGCGUCGGCCGGCACGGAGGCGAGGAGGACGGCGGCGCGCGCCCACGACGACCGGCCAAGCGCUCGGCUGGGUGGACGCGGUCCUUGCCCUUGUCGUUGGCCAUUGGCGAAUGAUCGAGAGGCUCUAGAGAGAGCUAGGAUUAAUAGGAAAAGUGGGAGAGGAGGGAGCUAUAGGAGCAUGCUUGACUUGUGGAAGAGGGAGCUAUAUAUAUCACCCCGCACAGUUUACAAUUGUGAUUGCUUUGGGUUGACGCUCCGGGUUCUUCAGGAACAUAUCACCCCACAUAGUUUUCGCACUGUGAUCGCUUUGGGUUGAAGUUUUGUCUUGUCAUCAA